AUGGACCUCCACCGACCUUUCAAAAUGGACAGCUCCUCCUACAUGCCAGCGCCCCUCGCUUCCCCCGCUCUCAUGGUCCUUGCCUCCACCGCUGAGGCUGGCCGCGAUGCUUCGGUCCCCUGCCAGGCGCCCAGGCCCUUUGGUGUCCCCGCUUCCGUGGAGAAAGACCUCCACCUCCCCUUUCCCUCUGCAUCCUACACCUUUGCCUCCAUGUAUCAACGUCAGGGCCCCGUGUCGGGUGCCUUUCCAGGCCGAGACUUCCCGUCUUCCCUGCUCCACCUGCACCCACAGUUCACGCCACCGAACUUGGACUGCUCCACUUUGGGCAUGCUCCACCACAGCGGGGUCGGCGGCGCCUUUCGGCCUUUCUCAUCCCCUCAUGACGAGAGGGAAGCGAUUGGGUAUCACUCGGCUUUCUCGCCUGCAAAAAGGCUGAAGGGUUGCUUCUCAGAGGUGGAGGGUAAGGAGUUCGACUUUGGCUCCCCCGGAGGCUCCAUUAAAGCAGUAGAGGAGUCAGCGAGGAAGCUGUUCUCCAUGUCCGGCCUUCUUUCAGAUGGCGAGACUUCAUCCAGCCCAGAGGAUCGCAGGGAGCACAGUGGCAAGGUAAAGAUUCUCUAUGAUGCGGGGGCCCCAGUGUGUCCAGUGUGUCAGAGUGUUCUGCGACCAGGGGAGCUGCAAGAACACAUGGAGCAGGAAUUAGCCAAACUUAGCCAAAUUCAAAUCAGCGUCACUUCGGUGCAGCACGACCACCUAAUGAGGACGCCAAAGUCUCUUUCAUUCUCUCUACACAUCAAACGUGAAGGAGCUUCACCGACUUCACCCACACGACCGGCUGACGACAUUCACUCUGACAGAUAUCAGACGUUUCUGCGCGUACGGGCCAACAGACACACAAGACUAAACGUCGAAGACCUCUGCUGGUGCAGGUGCUACGUCAAAUCUGCCCCAUUACGCCCCCACAGCGCAGGAGCCCACCUAGACUGCACACAAGCUGUAAGGAUCAGCAAACUGAAGCGGAGGAAACCAGAUGACGGUCAGGAUGUCCCUGCAGACACAACACCAUCAGAGGAUGAAUGGAACGAAAGGAGGAAGAUUCAGAUGAUGUCGCUAGUCGGGGGGUUCAAAGGUUCAAUGUUGGUGAGCAGCACGUCUAAAGAGGGUCGGGACAGCGACGCAGACCUCGACGUGGAUGGAGAUGACACCUUAGAGUACGGUCGUGCCCAAUACACAGAGACAGAUGUAAUUAUGUGCUCAGGGGAAAACAGCAAGGACACGACAGCUAAUGUUGGUGCAUUACCUGACUCUGGAGUCCAACAGGAAACGUCCAAAUGGUCAAAUGAAGAGUGUCCGUCCACCAGCAGUGGCGAUAAAGUGGAUGGAAGCAUGCUUGUCCUCCCCCAAACCUGCAAAAACACAGAAGAAGACAUGCUCUCAGAAGACUCUGCGUUGACAUCCCUGGAUGCUCUUAAAGCUCGAAUACGGGAUUUGGAGAAACAGUUGUGUAAGGGAGACAGAUUUAAAUGCCUAAUCUGUAUGGACACUUACUCAACCCCGCUCACUUCCAUCCAAUGCUGGCAUGUUCACUGUGAGGAGUGUUGGCUCAGAACGUUGGGAGCUAAGAAGCUGUGCCCUCAGUGCAACACCAUCACCUCGCCCGGCGACCUUCGGAGGGUGUAUCUGUGA